CACAAAAGAUUUUAAACUUUUUUUGAGAAUCAGAUUCUAUAGUAAUUUAAGAACUGAUUAUGCUUUAUGCAUAUAUAUAUAUAUAUAUUUGUGUGUGUGUAUUUAUUUAUUUUUAAGGUAACAAUUACCAACUAGAUAAUUAGAAAUCAGGUUUUGAUUGGGUUUAAAAGCUGGCGUAAGAUAUAAACAGACAAGCCAAUUUAGCGCCACUUCUAGUUCUUACUGUGUGAAAAGCUUUCUCGCUUUCAAGCUCCUACAGAAAGAUUCUCUCUCCUUUUCUCAUUCUGAAAAUUGACUCCCCUAAUUAUAUUUUUGGUUUUCUCGAAAAUUCUCUCAUGUGGCGGAAAUUACGAAGUGAAUCUGAGAGCAGGAAGAAGAUUGGGAGAAUGGAGGUGAUUUUAGAUAAAAAAGAUGCUGCCGAUUGGGCAUACAGAGGCGAAGGCGCUGCUAAUCUUGUUCUCGCUUACACCGGAUCCUCUCCCGCUUUUAUUGGGAAAGUACUGCGGAUACAGAAGGCUGAUAGGAAAGAAUUGGAGAGUACAAAGAGCCGUACAGCUUUAACAUUGCAUGAACGUCUUGUGUGGAAAGACACAGAGGACCUUGUCUCCUCCACCAACAAAGAAGUUGCCUGCCAACUGUUUGUUCAGCACGUUAUAAGCCCUUUACUGGGUUCCAAAUACGUAGAUGCUGGGGUGCGCAUCCCUGCUUCGAGGGAAUUCUUGGAAACGAUUGAGACUAAUGUAAUUUGUCAGCGUCCUGCUUUGCGAGUUGAUGCUGCCAAAGUUGACACACAUUGGGAUUCCGUGCUACUAUUAUCUGAUCAUUCUUUAUUUCCCAGUGGUACCCCAGAAGGUGAACCCUGCAUAUGCGUGGAGAUAAAGCCCAAAUGUGGAUUCCUCCCCAUCUCAGAGUUUAUAGGUGAAGGAAAUGCCAUUAAACGAAGCGUACCUCGUUACAGGAUGCACCAAUCCCUCAAGUUGCAUGAAGGAGAGAUUUCAGCAUUUAGUGACUAUGAUCCUCUUGACCUGUUCUCUGGAUCCAAGGACAAAAUACAUAAAGCUAUCAAAGAUCUCUUCUCCAGCCCUCAGAAUAAUUUUCGUGUAUUUUUGGAUGGUUCUCUAAUAUUUGGAGCCUUGGGUGCUACUGCAGACAGUACGAACUUUGUGAUUCAAGAAGCAUUUGAAGUUGCACUCAAGGGUGUCAUAUGGGGGGAUCAGGGUCUGCGCACAAAGGCUUUUCUGCAGCUUCUUUCUGAGACAAUUUAUACAUCCGGAGUGAUGGAUAGGCUUCUAAAGGUCCAAGAGCUUGAUGAUAUUGACAUAGAGGGGGCUAUUCAUGCAUAUUAUAACAUUAUAUCCGAGCCUUGCAUGGUAUGCAGAGACUUGGAGGAAGAAAAAGUGGCCCACAGAUAUAGUUCUUUGCAUUCCAUUUCUUUGGAUGAAAGCUUGAAGAUUGUAAAGAACUUUUUGAUAGCUGCAACAGCAAAGGACUGUAGUUUGAUGAUGAGUUUUAGACUGAGGAAAGAAGGAAUUUCAGAAUCUUCUUAUAAUAGUGUGUCCCUGAAAUCAACCAACCAAACUUUUGAUUACAAGGUAUGUUUCAUUGACCUGGAUUUGAAACCUUUGGGGAAGAUGAAAGAAUACUAUGAAAAAGACAAGAAAAUUGUAAGCUGCUACACUCGAAUGGUUGAAGCAAAGCAGGAAGCAGCUAAAGCUACGAGUUUAGAGGUUUAUGGAAAUUCAUUGUGAGGUUUAAUUCAAUGCCAUGGAGCACGCAUACUGAAAAUCUAAAUGAAAACUGUGGUGUCAGUGGAACUGCUCUGCUCAAGGUGCCGACAGAAGGUGAUGGCGUUAAUUUCGAGGUUAGAAGGGAUAACUUCCAUUGUGCUUGACCCCUCAAAAAACAAAGUGACGGUGAUAGGUGAAGCAGAUCCAGUGAGAAUCAUUAGGAAAGUGAGGAAGUUCAGAAAAACUGCCACAAUUGUGAGUAUAGGACCUCCAAGGGUGGAAGAGAAUAAGGAUGAGAGGAAGGAUGUCGUUUCUUACCCUUGUAAGAGAUGCGAUGUCUGGUAUGUUGUCGCUGAAGAUGCUUACGCCCAUUACUGUUCCAUUAUGUAAGUAAUUAUAAUAAGUUCUUGUAUCAUGAAAUGCUUGGUUUUAUUAUAUCGACUUGUAGUUCAUGUAUCUUCAACAGACAAAAUUAUUUCUCUGAAACAGAUAAAUAUGUUUCUAUUUGUUGCUU